UGGAGCUCUACAUAAGUCAGGUGCUCCCGCGGUUUAAUUUGUGAGUCCCAUUUGCCAUGAUUUCUGAAUCGUGAUUUUUUUUUUGCGUCAGAUCUCAGAUGAGACCAUUUUCCGCCAUGGAUCCGCUAGGUUGGCUUGAGUAUGAGUCGUAUUCGCCUCAAAAUUGCUAUCCUCCAAGUAAAACACCUCCAUGUCAAGAUUUCCUAUGUUUUUAUAAUUUAUUUUCACGUGCAUUUCGUAUUUUUUUUAUCCUUUCUUUCCUGAUAGUGUGUUUUUGCAUUCGGGCAUGUGGGGCGGCGGUUGCUGUUGCUGCUUCACAUGAAUGGCUAGCAAGGGCAAGUCAAAUGAACCAUCCUUCUGCCCAGGCAACUCCGCCAUGUCUUCUUGAUAUCCGAUACCAGCAAAGUUCUCCUCAUCUGUCGUGUCGCAACGGCGAGUCAGCGGCAACCAUGGCCACGCGGCGGCCAACGCCGCACGGCUUCCCUCCCCAUCUCGCGGGCGUUGCCGCCGCAGCCUUUCUCCUCCUCGCCCUCGCCCUCCAAGCGCCUCUCGCCGCCGCCGCCCAAGACCAGCCGCCGCCGCCGCCGUGGCUGCUGUGCGGCCCCGAGCCCGUCAGCGGCAAGUACACGGCGAACAGCACCUACCAAGCCAACAUCAACCGCCUCGCCGCCACGCUCCCCAGGAACGCCUCCUCCGCCGCGUUCCUCUACGCCACGGGCAGCGUCGGCGCCGUCCCGGACAUCGUCUACGCGCUCGCCCUCUGCCGCGGCGACGCCAACGCCUCCGCCUGCGGGCGCUGCGUCGCCACCGCCUUCCGCGGCGCGCAGGAAGGGUGCCCGCUCUUCAAGGACGCCAUGGCCUUCUACGACCUCUGCCAGCUCCGCGUCUCCAACCGCAACUUCUUCCUUGACGACGACUACAUCGUCAACACGUACAUCCUGCAGGGCCCUCAGCUGGCGGCGCCCGCGGGCGCGCGGAGCGCGGCGGGGGCGUUCGACGCCACCGUUGGCCGGCUCGUCAACGCCACCGCCGACUACGCGGCGGAGAACUCGUCGGCGAGGUUCGCCACGGGGGUGGUAGGCUUCGGCGACGAGAGCGGCCCCAGGAUUUACGCUCUGGCGCAGUGCACGCCGGACAGGACGGUGGACAUCUGCCGGACCUGUCUGAACACCAUCAUCAGCCAGCUACUGCCGAGCUAUUUCGGCGGGAGGAAUGGCGGAGGGGUUUUUGGGGUGUGGUGCAGCUUCCGGUAUGAGGUGUACCCUUUCUUCUCCGGCCAACCGCUGCUGCAGCUUCCCAUGUUCGUGGCGACGCCUGCGGCACCGGCCAGCAGAAGACAAGACAAAUCGAGAAAUAAGACGGGUACAGUCCUAGCAGUUGUGAUGCCUACAACCGGUGCUCUGCUGGCCAUAACCGUGUUUUGGUUUUGGAGGAGGAGAAGAUCAUCAGAUGAACAAUCUUUUCCAACUUACUCAACUAGUUCAGAUGAUAUUCAUGGAGCUGAUAUGCUUCUUCAUGAUCUAUCAACACUGCGAGUUGCCACCGAAGAUUUUGCGCAAAGCAAAAUACUCGGUAAAGGAGGGUUUGGUAUGGUUUACAAGGGAAUCCUACCUGAUGGUCAAGAAAUUGCAGUAAAAAGGCUUUGUCAGAGUUCUAGACAAGGAAUAGAAGAGUUGAAAAGUGAGCUAGUUCUGGUUGCUAAGCUUCACCACAAGAACCUUGUGAGGCUUAUUGGUGUUUGCUUGCAAGAACAACAGAAAAUACUCGUGUAUGAAUAUAUGCCCAAUAGAAGCCUCGAUGGCAUUCUUUUUGAUCCUGAGAGAAACAAAGAGCUUGAUUGGGCAAAGAGAUUCAAUAUUGUCAAUGGAAUCGCUAGAGGCUUACAGUACCUCCAUGAGGAGUCUCAACUGAAGAUAGUUCACCGGGACCUGAAAGCAAGCAACAUUCUGCUAGACUCCAAUUACGUACCGAAGAUCUCCGACUUCGGCUUAGCAAAGAUUUUCGGUGGAGACCAAUCAAAAUAUGUCACUCUUCGUGUCGCUGGGACAUAUGGGUACAUGGCUCCAGAAUACGCUAUGCGUGGUCUGUAUUCGAUCAAGUCAGACGUGUUCAGCUUCGGUGUUCUGGUUUUAGAAAUUGUCACCGGAAGGAGAAACGGCGGCUCCUAUAGCACCGAGCAAGACAUUGAUCUGAUAAACACUGUAUGGGAGCACUGGACGAGGGGAAAUGCCAUGGACCUGGUGGAUCCAUCGUUGAUGCUGAGCGAGAGCGACGGUCCUCCUCCCACCGAGCAGAUGCUAAUGUGCAUCCACAUCGGGCUGCAAUGCGUUCAGAGGAAACCUUCGGCCAGGCCGUCCAUGUCGUGGGUGAACGUCAUGCUCAGCAGCGGCACGGUGUGCCUCCCUUCAGGCCUCUCCCGGUCGGCCUUCUUCAUCCAGGAGGUUACCGUUAGCGUCAGCGACACCUCGGAUGGGGAUUCAGCGACAUGGCCAGGUGCAGCUUCCGGUUGCGCCGACGAUGAUUCAGCAGCGACGCAUCAAUGACAGAAUACUCGCCAAGAUGAGUCUCGACACUUUGGAGCUAGCAGUUUGUAAAAGUCACUUGUGAUGUUAACCUAUGGUAUUGUGUGAUAGUGGCACGAGUGUUACUGGUGUCAGUUCCGACGUCAUGUGUAUCGAUCAGAUAGAUAUUCAGAUGUCGAAACCACUGCAUUGUCAAAUGUCAGCAGAGUUUUUUUCUUUUCUCCAACACAAAUGUCAGCAGAGUUAGCUUGUCCAGUUCUUGUUCCAGAUCGUCCUUCCACGAGGCAAUAAAGAAAGCUGUGAC